CAAUAUUUUGUUAUAUUUUUACAUAUUAAUAAUAUUUUUGAGGUUAUAAAGCGCGGGAAAAAGUCGCGAACUUUUUUCGAGACAAAGGAGUGUGUGUUGGAGCAAGCUCUGGUGGAUUUUUUCGGUGCUGCAAAUAAAGAAAGUAAUCAUGCCUUCCGAAGUGAUAUCAGAGAAGUCGUUGCAACGCGAGUUGGCGGACUCCAUAAUCAGGAUGGUCCCGUUGGACGAAAUACGCAUUUUGCUAGCCUGCGGAGCUAAGGUAAACGAGCCUGUAACCCAAGGCCUCCGCCCCCUCCACUACGCCAUCUGGCAACGUCACCUCGAAGCAACUCGGUUGCUUCUAGUCCGAGGAUGUGACGUCAACGCCAGAGAUGAUUGUGGUUAUAGUGCUUUGCAUCUGUCUGCUGAACAUGGCUACACGGAGCUGGUGAAACUCUUGUUGGAGAGCGGUGCAGCAGUCGAUUACCGACCUGAUACUGGCGAGAAGUUUCCUCGUACCACCCUUUGUGAUGAGCCUCUGAGAUUGGCUAUCAGGAAUAAGCAUUAUGAAUGUGCCCGUCUUCUACUCGAACACGGCGCAGAUCCAAACAAACGCUACUUCUUCGGGGCCGAAAUCAACCUGGUUUCCGACCCUGAGUAUCUUGAGCUGCUGCUCACGUUUGGUGCCAAUCCCGACUCCAGGGAUAGAGCUGGAUUGACUCCGUUGAUGAAAGCUGCUAGGCAGAGGAAGGGGAUGGAUGCAGUUCUCUUGCUCAUCAGCCACGGAGCUGACGUAAACGCCAUGGCGGACGCCAGGAAUGAUUACAGGACUGUUUUGCAUUAUGCUGUACUCAGCGCCUGUUUUUUUUCCAAAGGUAACACAGAAGUAGUAAACCUGUUAAUCAAACAAGGUGCUCGCGUCAACUACGAAUGUCCAGAACUGAGUAAGCCCAGCCCGCUGGACCUGUGCAUCUUGAAGGGUGACGUGGAGAUGCUGCAAAUGUUACUUGGAGCUGGGGCUAAAGUGAAUGCAUCGAGCUCUGUGAUCGGGUCCCCAUUACACGUAGCCUGUUCCGACAAUAUCAAUAAUAGGAAGGAAAUCGUUAAAAUCCUUCUGGAAAGUGGUGCCGAUCCAAACUUGAAGGUGUACAACGACGAAGAUGCAACGCAGCUCCGUCCCGCCCUAGCUGAAUAUUUGGCGAGUAACACUGAGCCCAGUGCCGAGAUCAUUACUAUGCUGCUGAGAUAUGGCGCUAGGGUAAUAAUGAAAACUCAGUUCCGUGACCCGGAUGGCAUCCUGAAUCAUCUCCAGAACGUGACUGCAGAAGAAUAUCAGCACAUCUUCUACUUACUUCUAGAGGCUGCCGAAGCGUUUGACCUUUGCAUGAUCAAAAGAAACUCUGUGCUAACUCCCGCUCAGAAAGAAGCACUGAUUUUGAAAGCGAAAAGUCCUAUUUCUCUAAUAGGACAAACAAGAAUAUUUUUCCGUAAAUUCUUCCGCACGAAUCUUCCUAAAAUUGUUAAAAAACUGGACGUGCCCAAAACUUUGCAUCAUUACUUGCUUUUCGAAUGCAAAUGAAUUUCUUUUUUGUAGUAAUUAAAGGUUUUGAAGAUUUGGCCGAAUAGGUCACGUUCCUUCUGCUGCUUUAAGCGGCGAUUUUUUUAAAAUAUUCUUGGUGUUGCUAGUUGAGAAGAUUUAGCACAGUUUGUGGGAGUUUAUGUCAUUGUGCCUUACUUAGGGCUGAUUUUUUAAAAUAAGUCAAUAUUUUACAAUACUCCUAAUUUUUUAUGUUAUUAUUGAUGUUAUGUAUGAAUAUAGAUCCUUAAAGUUAUAGGUAUACUAAAACUACAUGUGUUGUGUACGUCAUAAAUAUUUCAAUAUUUUUUUUGGUGAUUUCAUUAAUGCAUCUUUCAAAAAUCUAUUUUGUUAUAUUAGGUAUUAAGCAUAAUAUUAUAAAUAUUUUUGGGUAUUUGUAAACCCUUAUCUUAAAACAAUAAUGACUUU